AUGUCAGUGGUGGGGCCAGGAUUCAUGGUUUCAGUUGCAUACAUUGAUCCUGGGAAUUAUUCUACGGCGGUUGCUGCUGGUUCAGCAUUCCAGUAUAAACUUUUAUUCUCCAUCUUGUUAAGUAACUGCUUGGCAGUCUUCUUACAAGUAUUAUCAGCCAGACUAGGCUGUGUUACAGGUUUGGACUUAGCAACUAAUUGUAAGAGGAACCUCAACCCCAAAGUGAAUCUUUUCAUAUAUGCCAUGGCAGAAAUAGCAAUUAUAGCUACAGAUAUAGCAGAGGUUGUUGGUAUGGCCAUUUCAUUGAAUAUCCUUUUCAAUAUUCCUUUACUUUUAGGAGUUAUCAUUACAAUUUCAGAUGUUUUGGUAGUUCUCAUGGCAUACAGACCUAAUGGUCCAAUGUUAUUCGUAAGAAUCUUUGAAUUGUUUGUUUCCAUUCUUGUAAUAGCAACAGUGGCUUGUUUUGCCAUUGAGUUGUAUCAAGUUUCUCAUGAUUCUAACAUCAACUUCGACCUUGGUAAAGUAUUUGAAGGGUUUUUACCUAACGAGAAAGUGAUAGACAUGAGUGACAGAGAAGGAGGAAACGGGUUGUUCUUGAGUUUAGCCAUUUUAGGAGCUACUGUUAUGCCUCAUUCAUUAUAUCUUGGAAGUGGGAUUGUUCAAUCAAGAUUGAAAGAAUUUGACAUCAAGUUCGGUUAUUAUAAGGUUACUGAGCACGAAGAAACUGAUGAAGAGAAUUCACAACUCGUUAAUGAACAAGAAGAAGAACAAGAAGAAGAGGAAAAUGAAUAUAGACCAUCCAUUCAUGCCAUUAAUGACACUAUGUCAUAUACAUUAACAGAGUUAGUUAUUUCAUUAUUCACAGUGGCAUUAUUUGUAAACUCAGCCAUUCUUAUAGUUGCUGGAGCCACCCUCGACCAAAAGCACAAAAGAGAUCAUCAUGAAGAUGACGACAAUGACGGUUAUAUGAGUGAUAGUGAUAACGAAGAUUACGAAAAUGCAGAUUUAUUCACUAUUUAUCAUUUACUCACAAAACAUUUAUCUCCUACUGCUGGUCUUGUUUUUGCAUUGGCUUUAUUAUUUUCCGGUCAAAGUGCAGGUAUUAUCUGUACUUUAGCAGGCCAAAUGAUUCUGGAAGGGUUCUUAUCAUGGAAUUUCCCUCCAGUCACCAGAAGAAUAAUCACAAGAGGUUUGGCUAUUGUACCAUGUUUAUUGGUAGUUACAUUUUCAGGAAGAGAAGGGUUAUCGAAUAUUUUGAACUUUAGUCAAGUAAUAUUGUCAAUAUUGUUACCUAUUGUAACAGCUCCUUUGAUCAUGUUUACUUGUUCCAAACAAAUCAUGAGAGUCCCUGUAUUCAAUGAAUUAGAUGAUAAUGAAUUCAAUGAAAACAAAAACAAGUCGUCUAUGACCGAAUCAAUCAAAUUACAAGAUUUGAACUUCCAACAAUCUUUGGCAUCUCAACAAAGUUCUACUUUCGAUUGUUCGAAUUUCGAAGAUUUGAAUUCUUGUUCCACUAUUGAACAUCUUAUGGAAGCAAGAACUGUAACUGAAAGAAAUGCCAAUCAAGUCAACUCCAAAUCAGAAAGAGAUGAUAAGUACUACAAGGAUUUGAGCAAUGGACCAAUAACUUCAUUUUUUGCAGUUUUGGUGUGGGGUUUCAUAACCAGUUUGAAUCUUUUCUUAAUUGGGUCUUUGGUGCUUGGAUACGACAUACCUAUUUAA